AUUUAUAAUUAUUAUUUUUUCUAACGUAGGUUUGACAUUUCUGAGUAAUUAAAAUCAUAUUAUAAUUAUACCAAUUAGCAAUUAUAAGUAACAUCUAGAUUCUAGUGAGUAUUAUACCAAUUAUGCCAUAAAUCAGAGUUCUAAGCUAGAAUUGGAAACACAAAGACAAGUGAAGAAAGUGUUUUUUAUUUCAAUGUGAAAUGUCAAGAAAACAAACAAUAAUAAUUAUAGCAUAUUGAAAGUAGUACUAUGGCGGCAGUGCAAAAAAUGGACAACACUCACACAAGAAACCAAGAAAAACGAGAUGUCAUGAAUAAUGAACUCUCAUCUACAUCUAGUGAAGAAAACCAGAUUUCCGUCAAAGUUUAUAAAAAAAGGUACAAAGACUCUACAUCAGACAACGAAAUGGACAGACGGCUACAACGAAACCACUACAAGUCAAUGGGAAACAUAAAUGAGGGGUUCAGAGAAGGGAAGAGGAACAGUGCCGAGGGAUUCAGGGAAGGGAAGGGAUUUAGAGGAGGAAAAAGAAGUAGUAUCAGUGUGAGUAAUGUGGAUUUGAGCUUGCACACUGAGGAGAUUAAGAAAUUUGAUCGAUUGCAAAUACCAAUUGUUGGAUACGAAGUUAUGGAAGAACGUGCAAGAUUCACAAUAUACAAGUUAAAGGUGGAGGACGACUCUCGGGACCAGUCAUGGCUGGUUUUUCGACGUUAUACAGACUUUGUUCGUUUAUAUAACCGGAUACGAAGUGAACGACCGGAUAUUAUACUACCCCUACCAGGAAAACGUCUCUUUAGAGACAACUUUGAGCCAGCGUUCCUCGAAGAGCGCGUACGCGGCCUACAAGCAUUUAUCAAUUCCGUCCUGAAUAAGCUACCAAACGACUCGACAGUCCGUGAGUUUUUUUGCUUAGACGAACCACCUCAGGUGUUUACCUACCAACCAGAAGUACAAGCGGUAUAUGGAGCAUUGGAAGAUUCUAUAACUACCCUCAAAAUGCAGUUAAAGCAGAAAGAUGCAACUAUAAUGCAUUUACAAAAACAACUCGCUCAAAUGGAGGUCAAAGUUAAGGGGUGUCCAAACUGCUCCAAAGUACAAAUUUAGGUUAGACUGGCUCAUACUCAAUGGGAAUAUUUAUUUUUUGUCAACAGCCAUAUUAAAGUUUCGUUUAUUCCGGUUCGAAGGACCAGGUAACAAGUAACAAACAGGGUUUCAAAUGAAUAUAGUUAAUUGUAGUGAGUAUAGUAAAAUUAUAGUUUGUAAAAAUAACAUGUAUGUCAAAAUAAGAUUUUGCGAAUAGAAUCUCGAAUAGUUAGGUGUAGAUCACUUAAAAAGCAAAUAUUAAGUCCAUCCUAGUGAAUAUGAGCCUUAGUUUAUGCAUUUAUUUUUAUUUUUUUAAUACAUUCAUGAUUAAUUAUUCAUUUAUAGUUUAAAUAGUUAAAACUCACCAAAAAAAUGUAUAAUUUCGUGAUUUUUUAUAAUAUAGUAAAGGUGCUAUGUGCGCAUUUUUACGUGAUUCAUACGAUACUUUAAGUUAUUUCACUGAAAUAUGUAACUUAAUGUCCACUACUGACACUGUCAUCAGAUAUAACUCCCUAGCAAGAGUCUUUUAUGAUGUGAUCAAACAUUUGCUCUUUGCCAUGCGGUUUAGGUUAUUUAAGCAUAUUCGCAUAUUACAGCCUUGAAUGUUUUACAAGUUCAGCCUGCCACACUCCCGAAUGUAUGACACAAUUGGAUGUACAUCUUGUUCUCAAGCUCUAGUGGUUGUGAAUGUAAUUGAUAAUGUAGUAUUCAACUAUAUUUUUAAACUCAAACAACGAAGCAAACAUUUGCUAUUUAAAAAAAAUAUAUAUUUACAUGUGCUUUAAAGGGUCGCACUCGCCCUAAAACAAUACCGCACUUAAUAAAAUGGAGACAUCCACUAAGAAAUAAAAUGUAUGUAUGUGCCCCGCCAGAAAGGUUUAUAAUCUCUGACAUGUCAAAAAAUGAUAGCUGUCUCCUGACACCGAAUCCUUUCUACGGAAGUAAAUGAAUUGAAAAUCGGAAUUUGGAGGUAUAUAUUUUAAAGCGUGUCUUUUAUUUUUUGUGUUGGCUGAACUUGUGUACCCAUGAGGAAUUCGGAGUUUUCUUAAUCGGCACUUACCUGCAUAUUAAGAAAAAUGUAUGAUCGCGAAACAUAUACAUACAUUUGAGGUUCAUAGCUUAAAGAUUAUUUGUCUAUGGUUUACUAUAACUAUAUUUGUUGACUCUUAUCAUUUAAAUAUCAAAUAAAAGUAUCAUAGUGGAUGUUAAGUUCGAAUGUUUGUACAAAUAUUGUUAGGAUAGAAGGUCAUACUUAGUGGUCUUUAAACAGUUAAGUAUAUUAUUCAUGAUAAUUAUACCUUUAUGAGUGGAAAAUUAUUUCGGUAGAUUUUAAUAUAGCAAACUUAGAUAAAACAUAUUAUACCGUACCAUAAGUGUUAACAUACCGAAUUCUAGUAAUAUUUUAAAUGACCACGCCCAUAGAUUAUAUUAUUGUCAGGCCUAAUAUAUAUACAGUGUUGUGAUAAAUAAACCUAUGUACAAGCAAUAAAGUGCCUUAUAUGUACAAUUUUACUAUGGUUAAAAUGUAGUUUUAAGGUGUUAUUAAAAUAUUAUUACAAUAAUUUCAUAGUAAUGGAAAACUAUAAGAGUGAUAUCUAUUUAGUAAGUUGCGGUAAGACGAUGUCUAACACACCAUGUUGCCGUUUGUUAAUUUUACAAAUUCUUAGAUACAGAAAAUGUCCAUAUUUCGUCGCUAUCAUUUGUUUUUCUCUCUAUUCAUAAUAAUUGAUGAAUUAUCUAAAAUGUUGUGUAUUUACCGUUUAUUACAAUAAAAAAUAUAUUAUACAAUGACGUUUUUUACUUAAGCCACCUGUAAAUUUUAU